UACAAUUUUUAUAAAGUAUUAUAUAUCAUACUUCUUUAAAAACUUAUAAUAGAAUCAUUAAGAUCAAAGUCAACAACAACUAACAGAAUAAAUCGCCGUUGAAUGAUCUCAUCGAGGACUCUUUCCGAUUAAUUGAUACUAAUUAAAAAUAUUUGAUAUGGACGUGGAAAUGAUCGAUAGCAAUGACACAAACGAAGAAUCUAAUGCUACUACUACUCAACGAUUGAUUGCCGAAAGUGGUGGCAGAUGUAUGAGUACUCAAGCGAUGCAAUCUCUAUACGAUUUUCGUCAAAACAAUUUAUUAUGCGAUGCGGUAUUGAGAUUAGAAGAUGGCGGAAUAUUUCCUAUACAUCGUGCGAUUUUAUCAGCUUGCAGUACGUACUUCAGAGCAUUGUUCACUACAACAUUACAUUCACGUGAAAAAACCGAUGUCCUGUUGCCAGGAGUUACAAGCGAGAUAAUGAAUUUGUUAUUGGAAUACGCAUAUUUGCGUUCGCUCGACGUUAACCGCGAUAACGUUUGUCAAUUAUUGAUAACGGCCGAUUAUCUGAGUAUAUUAGGUGUAUUAGAACUAUGUUGCGAAUUUUUACGACAAAAUUUACAACCGGAAAAUUGUAUCGGCAUCGUAAGAUUCGCUAAGGAACAUUUUUGCAAAGGAUUGGAAAAUGAUGCUUAUCGUUACGUCAUGAGACACUUCGUUCAGGUAGCUCAGAAAAGUAAUGAGAUUCUUGAUUUACCGAUAGAAGAAUUAUCUAAAUUGAUCGGUGCCGAUGAACUCAAUGUAAAAAGCGAGGAAACAGUUUGGGAAUUAGUUCUUAAAUGGAUCAAUCAUGAUCCAGAUGAUAGAAAGGGUCACAUAGUCGAAUUGAUGCAAAACAUACGUUUGGGCCUAUUAAACACGCAAUUCUUUUUAGAAAAUGUUAAGGAUCAUCCUUACGUUGUUGGUAACGAAGCUUGUCGACCAAUUAUCAUAGAGACGUUGAAAUUUUUAUAUGAUUUGGAAAUGAUCACUCAAAAGGACGGUGAAAUACCGACACCGGAAAUAGCACGUCCGAGAGUACCUCAUGAAAUUUUAUUCGCAAUAGGCGGAUGGAGUGGGGGUAAUGCAACAAAUUUUAUCGAAACUUAUGACACCAGAGCUGAUCGUUGGGUCAAGGUGGAGGAAGUUGAUCCAAGUGGUCCACGAGCUUAUCACGGAACUGCAGUAGUCGGUUUCAAUAUCUACGUGAUAGGUGGUUUCAAUGGUUUCGAUUAUUUCAAUAGUUGUCGUUGUUUCAAUGCAGUGACCAAAGUUUGGCGAGAAGUUGCACCGAUGAAUGCCAGAAGAUGUUAUGUCAGCGUCGCUGUAUUAAAUGAUUUGGUUUAUGCUAUGGGCGGAUUUGAUGGUUACCAUAGACAAAAUACCGCUGAACGAUAUAAUUAUCGUACCAAUCAAUGGUCCUUAAUUGCACCAAUGAACGUUCAAAGAUCCGACGCCAGUGCAACUACAUUGAACGACAAAAUUUAUAUAACCGGUGGUUUCAAUGGUACCGAUUGCAUCAAUUCGGCUGAAGUUUAUGAUCCAGAAACUAAUCAAUGGACUAUGAUAGCUUCAAUGAGAUCCCGUAGAAGUGGAGUAUCCUGUAUAGCUUAUCAUGGCUAUAUUUAUGUUAUUGGUGGUUUCAAUGGGAUAUCAAGAAUGUUCAGUGGUGAAAAAUAUAAUCCUGUUACCAACGUUUGGAGUCCUAUACCAGACAUGUACAAUCCUCGUAGUAAUUUUGCUAUAGAAGUUAUCGAUGACAUGAUCUUUGCCAUUGGUGGAUACAAUGGUGUAACUACGAUUUAUCAAGUUGAAUGUUAUGACGAAAAAACUAACGAAUGGUAUGAAGCAACCGAUAUGAACAUUUAUCGAUCAGCUUUGUCCGUAUGCGUUAUUAUGGGAUUACCAAACGUUUACGAUUACAUUCACAAACAUCGUGAAAGAUUGAUGGAAGAAAAAAGACAAAAAUUAUUGGCUCUAGAAGUUCAUCGUACUCAACAUCAACAACAGCAACAACACGAACACAUGCAUCCGCAGCAUCAACAAAUGAUACCAAAUAUACCAUCACCGCCACCGAUGCCACAAAACAACGAUGAAAAUAAUAACAGUCAAUCGAACGAAUGAGAAAAGCCUCAAAUAUUUUUUAUUAAACAAUGAUAAAUUAAUACGAUAGUAGAGCAGGGAUCUGAUUGAAUUCGAUUGGAUAAAACAAACUCGAAUUUAUUCCUCUUUUUUUUCGGACGAUGGAAAAAUUGUUUUGUUAUAAACUUUCGCUAAUUAUCGAGCUUUUAGAUAGAGCGAAAUAUUUGAUAUUAAUUUUUUUCGAAAUACGUUCUUAUAUUUUAUUACCAUUUGAUAGAUCAUCAUCAGUUCUUUUAAUUACUUUGUUUUUAUUUUUAUAAAAAUUUAUAUAUAUAUAUUUU